CUGGCUACAGUUUAAAGGGCCCUUCCUAUUUGUGGAGGAAAGCCACAUAUCAAAACAUGUAACUGAAGUAUUACAGUAUGACUUCUUGUGAUCUUAUCACUAUAUUAUUGGCUUAAGUAGCAAUGAGUAAAUCUUCUAAAUUAUGUCAUAAGACUUCUUGCCCAAGAAGUAAUAUAUUUUGCAGUCUCAUUGAUAAAAUUGUUAAAAGACCAUCCUUGCAGUUUUUGGGUCAGUGGGGAUAUCACUGUUAUGAACCUAGGAUUUACAGAACACUGGCAAAAAUUCUGAGGUAUGUCGACUUGGAUGGAUUUGACAUACUACUCACAGACUACAUUGCAUUCGUGGAAAAAUCAGGAUAUCGUUUUGAACUAAACUUUAAUCUUGAAUUUACUGAAAUAUGUGUGAAUACAAUUCUCUACUGGGUUUUUGCCAGAAAAGGUAAUCCUGACUUUGUGGAAUUGCUUCUCAAGAAAACAAAAGACUAUGUUCAAGACAGAAGCUGUAACUUGGCACUGAUAUGGAGAACCUUCACACCAGUAUACUGCCCAACCCCACUAAGUGGCAUCACUCCUCUACUUUAUGUGGCCCAGACAAGACAAUCCAGUAUCUUAAAAAUACUCCUGCAGUAUGGAAUCUUAGAGAGAGAAAAAAACCCUAUUAAUAUUGUGUUAACAAUACUGCUCUACCCUUCAAGAGUAAGAAUAAUGGUUGAUCAUGAACUGGUAGACAUUCAGGAAGAUGCCAAAACAUGCUUAGUCCUAUGUUCAAGAGUGCUUUCAACCAUUUCAAUCAGAGAAAUAGAGACACAACUAAGUUUAGGAAGACGUCCAAUUAUUUCAAACUGGUUGGACUACAUUCCUUCAACAAGAUACAAAGAUCCAUGUGAAUUACUACAUCUUUGCAGAAUAAGCAUCAGGGCUCAACUAUUAACCAACAACAUGCUCCCAAAUGGAAUAUUUUCACUUCUAAUUCCUGUUCCUCUGCAGAACUACUUGAAUUUAGAAUGCUAAGUAAUGCAUGUCUUUUGCCUGAGUUCUUUAAGGAUGUUCACCAUUGUAUGGUUUAGAAGUUAAUAAAAUAUAGGCUUCGUGCAAA